AACACUGCUCCAAGGAAAAAAAUGUGGAAAAGUUACCCGAUAUGGUUGAUAAAAGUGGGUGUCAAGCCGGAGUUUGUAAAAAACACGGAAAACUCUACCAGAAAAUCUACUGUGAAAUGUGUCAAACCAGACUAUGCGUGGAUUGUGUGCCUGCGCAUAAGGAGCACGCGCUGUAUGACAUCAAAAUUUUGGCCGAAAAUGCCAAGAAAAAACUGGAAGGGCUAAUGAGUGAGAAUAAAAGAGACAGGGUAAAUUUGGAGGCAGCCGCCAAAAUGGCCUCAGAAACGGUAGAAAGUACAAACAACGAGGACCAAGUUCGAACAAAGCUGGAGAUUAAAAAUUUACUUCGCCAAUGUUUCGAAACAGUUUUGCAGGAGUUUGACAGUGCUCUAAGCAACAGAGAGAUCUUAAUAGCAGAUUCAUUCACUAAUGUGCGCCAAAAAGCAGAAGUUAUUCAGAAUGAAAUUGUCAAUCUUGACGCCAAACAAGAAGAGUUAAACAAGCUUCUGGGAUUCAAAGGCGAUCAAGUUAUAUCGACAAUAGAAAAAAGGAGUAAAAAUGGAUCCUUGUUUAGAACGGGGAUUGAAUUAUCAGUGCCUUAUUUGAAUAAGAGCGGAGGCAGACCGAAAAGUAAAAUCGAAACCAGUCUCAGGGGAAUUUUAGGGCCCAAGUUCAAAGAGUCGAUUGAAUACUGGCUGCGACAUGAGCCCUUUUCGCCUGACUUCGAUUCUCUUUCUCUCCGAAGCUCGAAGUCACUAAAUCUGAGUGUGAGUCUGUUUCGAAGCUACAAACAUGACGACAAGCCGCGAAUGAAAGCGUCAAAUAAUUUGCUCUGUUUGGAGAAUAACGACGGAGACUUCGACAGAGUCGAGAUGGAGAUGAUUUCAAGCGGAGAUCAUUCGAGUCGCAAGGUGUCCGUUGAUUGUCCUGAAGGUGCAGUGUAUGGACUAAGUGCGUUCACUGAAGGGGUGGUUGUAAUUGUGGAACCCGAUCGAUACUCGACUCUAUCAGCCGCGUCUUCUAGUUUGUGGAGUGGCACAGCUUACUUGUACGAAACAUUCAACAAGGAGCCUCAAGUGCUUUCUGUUCAACAUUGCCAUGCUUUCGUCAAAAAAGAUAAAAGGAUUACAGCGCUCUGUUCGGGAAAGAAGAAAAUGAAGUUCGCGCCCAAAUUGUACCCUCCAAUUAAGUGCAACUCGCCAGUUGAACAUCAAAGUACAACUCUAGUUUCACUCUACGAGAAGCCGUACGACUGUGUUCAACUUGUGGUAGCGAUGUUCCACGAAAAUGUCCGGAAAAGGGAAACACAGAAAUUAGAAAUUCACCAAUUGAAAUUCAACUCGGAGAAUUACAUCAAAACUGAAAUUCCCCUCAAAUGGUGUCGAGAUGUUGACGAAAUGUUGUUUAUAGAAAGAGAGGGAAGACUCGAACUCAUUUUUUGCAGAGCGAUGGACCAAUCUGUCAUAAGGUUAAAGGUCAAGAAACCAGAGAAUUCGAAACCUGGUCACGUUCUGACUUUCAGUGAGCCUCAGAUCUACAAGAACCCUCAGUUGGCUUUCUCGGAAACAGUGAUCACGAUGACCUUUUUUGACGGACAUUGUUUCUUUUUGACAAAUGGAGGCUCACUGCUGAAGGUCAAAGGUUUCUUCGAAGGACUUGUCGAAGUCAGCACUACUUGAUUGGAGUUGUUUGAUAAUUUUUGAUUGUUUGAUUUUUAAUAAUUUCUAAUCAAAGGCAAAGUUGAAGCUUGCAGGGUCAUCAGUUGAGCUCAAAUUUGA